AACCCUUUGAAGCACAGUGGUUACUCAGUAAAACCACCUUUUUAAAUUUAUUUUACUCCUAUUCAGCAUUCUGGUAUCUCGCUGAAACCACAUAAGGCAUGCGUACUAAGAUGCCUGUUUUAGAAAUUGCCUAACUUAUACUUUUUUCAACCUCGAAAUUAAAGUUGUGUCGAUGUUUGUAUUGGGACUUGCUCCUGCUGUAUCAGUGUCGUGAUAGUGACUCAUUUUAUUAUUAUUAUCGUUUAUUCACAGUUAAAUAAGGGUAAGUAAAUUCUGUAAAUUGUUGCUAUAAAUAUUUUACUUGUUGUAACGACAGGCGCAUGUUCAAUUUUUGUUUACAUUUUGAGGUAAAUAGUAAUAUGCAGGUGGUUGUACAGUGAUACCACUAUGCAGUAAAUGUUUUAUUUUUUACAGACAUGAGUAAUGCCUUUCUUUGAGGAAGAGCAAGCUCGUCUUCAAAGACUUGUUGACGUUCUAGAUGAAAUACCAUCCGACCCAGAGUCUAUUGAUGAAGAAGAAGAUGACGUGGAUGAAGAUAUUGAAGGCACGUAUGUAAUUGGUACAGACAAUGUAUUACAGCGUGUAGAUAACAUUUUGCAACCAGAAGAACAUGUUCCAGACAUUAAUGGCAUUGAAGAAAAUGAUGACAACCAGUCUCAGAAUGAUGAUCACGACGUUUCUGACGACGAUACUCCCAUUGCUGUUAGACUUUACAGGAAAGGAAUUACUUGGUCUGAUGAUUAUCCAAACAUAGCAAGAAAAAAUGAGUUUAGGGAACAUACAGGUCCAAACAUAGAAGCAGAAGAACCUAUUGAUGUAUUUCUGUCACUAUUUACUGAGGAACUUAUAGAUACACUGGUUUAUGAAACUAAUCUUUAUAACACGCAGAAUAAUGGUGGCAUAAUUACUAAUCCUACAAACAAGGAAGAAAUAAAAAAGUUCUUAGGAGUUAAUAUCCUUAUGGGAAUAAAAAAAUUACCCUCUUAUCGGGAUUACUGGUCGUCGUCAUUGGAACUUAGAGAUUCUUACAUAGCAUCUACUAUGUCUGUGAACAGAUUUGGUUGGCUUCUUUCAAACUUGCAUAUAAAUGACAAUUCUAAAAUGCCAACCAGAGACUCUCCAAAUUACGAUAAAUUAUACAAAGUCAGACCCCUGUUAGAAAAGUUAACAGAGACGUACAAAACCUGCUACGCUCCAAGUGAAUUUCAGGCAAUAGAUGAAUCGAUGAUUCCGUUCAAGGGCAGAAGCUGUCUCAAACAAUAUAUGCCCGAUAAACCCACUAAGCGAGGUUAUAAGGUGUGGGUACGUGCAGAUAGUUAUGGUUACGUUGUACAAUUUCAAAUUUACGAAGGAAAAAGAAAAGAUAUCGUAGAAAAAAAUCUUGGACUUCGAGUAGUCAAAGAAUUGACAAUAGACUUAGUUGGCAAAAAUUACUCAGUAUAUUUCGAUAAUUUUUUCAGUUCAGUAGAACUACUUAUUUAUCUCCAACAAAAUAAAAUCAAUGCAGCUGCUACUACCAGACCAAAUAGAAAGAAUUUUCCAAAAGAUUUUCCAACUGACAAAGAAAUGAUUCGUGGCAAUUUUGCUUGGAGAUCAACACGUACUGGUAUAACGGCUACAAAAUGGAAAGACAGAAAAGGAAUACAUUUUCUUUCAAACAUGCACAGUCCAUUGACAGAAACUUCAGUGAGGAGAAAAGAACACGACGGUUCAACGAAACAAAUCGCUUGUCCAGCAGUUGUUCAGGACUACAACAAACACAUGGGUUGUGUGGACAAAGCAGACAUGUUAAAAACAAUAUAUUGUAUUGAUAGAAAGUCGCGCAAAUGGUGGCACCGUAUAUUUUUCCACAUGUUGGACACGACGGUGGUAAAUACAUUUAUCAUCUACUCACAACUUACGGAAGGAAAAAAGCUUACACUCAAGCAAUUGCGCCUUGCUAUUGCAAUAUCUCUUAUCGGCAUUCCACAGAGAGAAAAAGUUGGACGUAAAUCAUCAACCCCUGUUCACCAUUUUAAAACUUACGUCUCACAAGAAGUAAGAUACAACAAGUCGGAACAUUUGCCUGUCAGAACAACAUCUCGAAGAUGUGGACAUUGUUCCACAGUAGCAGAAGUUCAUAGGACAAAAUGGGCUUGCUCCGUAUGCAAAGUUGCCCUAUGCCUCUCUGAUAACAGGAACUGUUUUCUUGGAUUUCAUACAAAAUAAAUAAUAUUUAGAUUU